AUGUUAGAAAAACUUUACGUAGCUCACCUGGGUAUUGUCAAGACAAAACAGAGAGCACGUCAAAUUCUAUUUUGGCCGAGAAUGAACCAUGACAUAGAACAAAUCGUGUCAAAAUGCGCAGUGUGCAAUCAAUACCGCAAAUCAAACAGCAAGGAACCGCUUAUUCCGCAUGACAUUCCGUCACACCCAUGGUUGAAAGUAGGAGCAGAUUUGUUCAACUACAAAGGAAAAGAAUAUCUCUUGUGUGUAGAUUACUAUUCAAAAUACCCUGAAAUCGUGCUACUACAAGACCUAUCAAGCAAAACAACUGUCACCGCGUUAAAGUCAAUAUUUGCACGUCAUGGAAUCCCGCAGGAAGUCGUAACUGAUAAUGGACCUCAGUCUGCAAGCGCUACAUUCCGUAAGUUUAGUCAUGAUUGGGAAUUUACUCACACUACCUCAAGUCCUAGAUAUCCGAAAUCUAAUGGACAAGCCGAGCGUUGUGUCCAGACAGUGAAAAACUUACUGAAAAAGGCUGAUGAAAGCAAUGGAGACAUCUACAUCGCGUUGCUAGAGUACCGGGCAUCACCAAUUGAUGGAGUAAACCAAUCCCCAGCGAAAAUGCUCAUGAACAGACAAGUGAAAACUAAAUUACCGUCUUCGAUAUUAGCACAAGAAUCACUGCCGUCACUGAAACCGCAACUACAACAUCGUCAAAAACUGCAAAAGAUAUAUCAUGACCGUAACCAGUGUGUUACCGCGUCACCCGUACACUCAGGAGAAAUUGUGCAUGUUCAAAAUUCUGUAAACCGUAGAUGGGAACCAGCUGUUGUUCAUAAACGAGCGAACACUCCACGAUCAUACGUAGUAAAAACCGCUGAUGGAAAGUAUUACCGUUGUAACAGAAAACACAUAAACCAAACAGGAGAAACACAGUUUGUGCAGAGAAAUAGAGACACAGAUGAUGUAGAUAUUCCAGAACCAAACGAACCGUGUGCCGUUGAAACUGAAAUCGAACCGCGGCCGAACAUUGUGAAUACACGCGUACACCGUGGAAGUACAAUCACAAGAUCCGGAAGAGUCAGUUCGAGACCAGCUUAUCUGAAUGACUAUGUGCAGUAA